AUGAUGCAAAGUGACGAGGUGCCUUUUACUGACUCAAAAAUUCUUCGCUCCGGAUUAUCACGUGAGGCAGAAAAUAUAUCAACAACAAAUGAAAAUAUUGAAAAUCUUGAUGAUAUUGAAGAUCUUAAUUCACCUUUGGAACUGGAAAAUAUGCAAUCACCAGAAAGUGAGAGUACUAUUUCGCUGGCCUCCCCAAUUUCUGUGUCAGAGAGGGAGGAAUUAUAUAGAGAAAUGGAUAAUCUUCGCGCUGAGAAUAGAAAACUGAGAGCAAAUCUUCCCGUUGAUUUGAGUGUUGCUUCAAUUCGAAGAAACCCGGGCAAGUGUUUGAUGUUAACCGGGUUGCGUUUCGAAGUAUUUCAAACAUUACUCACAUAUUUAUGUACCGAAAGUGAAAGAAAACCCACAAGAUUGAAAGCUAAAGACCUGAUCCUAUUAACAAUUAUCAAAUUGAAACACAAUAUGAGUUUUGAUAUGCUAUGCUACAUUGUUAAUAUUAGUCGUUCCACCGCUGUUGAAUAUUUUUGGACAUGGGUAGAUGUUAUGUACAAGAAGCUCAGAGGAAUGAUAAGAAUGUCAGACAGAGAUAAUAUAUUCAAAACAAUCCCCAGUGUUUUCAAAGUAAAAUUUCCAAGAUUGACCUCUAUAAUUGAUUGUUUCGAAAUAUUCGGCGAAUCUCCAGCAUCACUGUUAGCAAGAGCUCAACUGUACAGUCAGUACAAAAAACAUUGUACUAUCAAGGUGCUCAUAUCAUGUACACCACUUGGUGCAAUUAAUUUUAUUUCAAAAUGUUAUGGUGGGCGUGCAUCAGACGUUCAAAUCACACGAGAAUCCGGCUUCCACUUGAGUAAAUACCAUAUGCCUUCAGAUCAGAUCCUUGCAGACAGAGGUUUUACCUUGAGAGAUGAAUUUGCUGCCGGCAGUUCUUCUGAACUUAUUGUACCAUCUUUCACAAAGGGAAAAAAGCAAUUGGCAGCUGAGGAGGAUGAAAGCUCGAGAAAAAUAGCUUCAGUAAGAAUACAUAUUGAACGUGUUAUUGGUUUGAUGCGAAAUCGUUACCUUAUUUUGAAAGGGACAUUACCACUGAGAAUUAUAAAAAAUAUAAAGGAUGAGGCGCAUUCAUCAACACUGGCUAAUUGUGAUAAAAUUGUGACAGUUUGUGCUGCACUCACUAACUUGGGUGAAAGUAUAGUAUAUAAAUAA